AGCCCGACCGUCCGUCGCGGAGACUAGCGUUUGCGCAAGAGCGCUCUCCCCCACUCAGCGCAAGCGUAUAAUAAUUAUACACACGACGGUCGGGACGUAUAUACCGUAACGCAGCCACGCCCGAUUUUACUACGUUUACGAAAGAGAUUAUGGCGACUAAGACCCGCAAGUACGUACUGCGCUCCCACUUCUCUGGAUUUCCGCAGAGAGAUGCCCUUGAAAUCAUCGAGGAGGACCUGCCACCAAUAAAAGAUGGAGAAUUUUUGUGUGAGGCCCAGUGGAUCUCUGUGGAUCCGUACAUGAGGCCUUACUCUUCCCGCCUUCCUCUGGGGAUUACCAUGAUUGGAACACAAGUUGCCAAAGUUGUGGAGAGCAGGAAUGACAAGUACUCACCUGGGGAUUUGGUAGUGUCCAACUUUGGCUGGGUCACCCACACAAUAUCUGAUGGAUUCCAGCGGUGGGGCGACAAAGAUGGCCCUGUGCUCAAAUUGGACCCAGCUGUUCACUCUUCACCUUCAACUGCACUCGGUGUACUUGGAAUGCCAGGGGCAACUUCCUACUUUGGAUUUCUGGAGAUCUGCAAGCCCAAGGAGGGCGAAACCCUAGUUGUAAACGCUGCUGCUGGUGCAGUGGGGUCUCUUGUUGGUCAGAUUGCCAAGCUUAAGGGUUGCCGAGUUGUAGGAUUUGCUGGAAGUGAUGCCAAAGUCAAGUACAUGCUAGGCCUAGGGUUUGAUGCUGCCUACAACUAUAAAAAAGUGGAGAGUCUGGAUGCUGCUAUCAAAGAGUCAUGCCCAAAUGGAGUUGACCUUUUCUUUGAUAACGUUGGAGGAGAAUUCUUUGAGGUCACUCUCUCAAACAUGAAUGAAUUUGGACAUGUCUCAAUCUGUGGAGCCAUUUCUCUCUAUAAUGCCACAGAAAAACCAAAAUUUGGGUCAGUAUCUGAUGUGAUACUGUUCAAGCAGCUCAAAGUUGAAGGAUUCAUUGUGUCCCGUUGGCUCGAGCAGUGGCCCAAAGCCUUCAAGGAGAUUUCUGGGUGGAUUCAAGAGGGAAAGGUGAAGUACGAUGAGCACAUCACUGAAGGCUUUGAGAACAUGUUUGAGGCAUUUACUGGUUUGUUUACAGGCGACAACACUGGAAAAGCUGUUGUGAAGAUUUAAAGUAUCUGACUAGCAUUGAUAAGGACUAUUUUUCUACCCUAAGAUUUCUACAGGGACCAGUGUCAUUAGCAUACUCGUUGGACCUCAGUUUACCUUCAGGUGCUAUAAAAGAGACUAUAUUGAGAGAAUACAGUGGAACCUCCGAAUAAAGGACACAGUGGGGGCAAACAUUUUGUCCAUCGUUCAGAGGUUGGCACAUCCUCAGAAGUUCUACCAUGAGAAC